GCUCCAAGCGAAUUAGGGUUUUGUGUCUCUGCAACACUUGGGAGGAGGCACGCAGAAGUCAUAGGAGUGUAAAACAGAGACGCAAAAUGAAGCUCUGACGAUGGCAGUAAAAGGAAGCUUAAGAUUCGUGUACGCUCAUUUUCCGAUCAAAGCUAGCAUUGGCAACAACAACAAGUCCAUCAAGAUCAGAAAUUUCCUCGGCGAGAAGAAGGUUCAAUGGCGGGGACGUCACUUGCUUUGCAGGAAUAAUUGGGAACUUGAUUGUAUAUCUGAUAACGUGGCUAAUGGAAGCUUCUCUCUAUUUCCCAUUGUUGCAGCAAUAAUUGCUGACUCUUUCUUUGGCUCCUUCCUUGUUGCCUUGGUUUCUUAUUGUGUUUCUUUCUUGAGACAUGUAGGUGCCCGAUCAUAUUUUGAAAAAAGGGAAGCUUCACUUGUAUGGAGUUACAGACAUGCAGGUAUUGAUUUGUGUUUUAGGGAGACUAUUAUUUGUUUUGCUUGCUUGAGUUUGGAAGAUUGCAAGCGAGGGACAUGCUGUAGCAUCUCUGGACAGGUCCAAUUUCCAAUGCUACUCAAUUGAAAGGAUUUAAAUCAAAGCUUGCGCCAUGUUAUUAUUAAUUUAUUUGAAGCUUUCAUUAUGUAGUUGGCUUCUUAGCUUUCAGAUGAUGCUAAGAUACUUGUAUAUAGCAUUUGAAUCAAUGUGAAUGUGAUCAUAUCACAUUACCUGAAUGGAAUUUGAUGGAUUAAGCUAAUUAUGUCGUUGCUGCUACUUUGGCAUCAUGCCUAAUUGGUUUACUUGAUGCAUGCUCUUCUUUUUUCAGGCUGUGUCCUUUGUGUAAUAAAUUGGAAAGAUUGUUGUUUCUUUUAUGGUGUGUUUGGUAGAGAGGAGAGAAAUAAUAUUGGAGAGAAAAUUUGUAUUUUUUUAUAUUCAUCCUGAGAUAUAUUACAAGUGAUUUUAAUA